AUUUCCCCGCAGUAUUAUUUCAACUGUUUUAGGUGUUAGAGGAAAAACAUUGUAUUAAAUAGCAGCAACAAAUAAUAUGGUUGCGCCCAUAGUAGCAACCAAACAAGGCCGAUUGAAAGGCUUCUUUGGCACUGACAUUGAUGGGGGGCGAAUUAUUUCGUUCCUGGGGGUGCCUUUCGCAAAGCCGCCACUUGGAGAACUGAGGUUUAAGGAUCCUUUACCAGCCGAACCAUGGGAUGGAAUAAAGGAUGCAACGAAGGAUGGCAACAAUUGUUAUGGAUAUGAUCUGUUUUUCAGAACUCUUGGUGGUUCUGAGGACUGUCUGAAUCUAAAUGUUUUUACGAAAAGCCUUGCGGACUCAAAGACCGAGCUGAAACCCGUAAUGGUAUUUAUCCACGGAGGAGGGUUUUUACUGGGAUCGAACAAACCCGACAUGUAUGGACCAGAAUUCCUACUAACCCAGGACAUCGUCCUUGUAGUACCAAAUUAUCGUCUGGGUGCCUUGGGGUUCCUAAGUUCCGACGACGAUACUUUAGGGUUGCCUGGAAAUGUUGGGCUAAAGGACCAACUCUUGGCCCUACAAUGGGUGCAGGAAAACAUCAGAAACUUCAACGGCGACCCCAAUAACGUAACGAUUUUUGGAGAAAGCGCGGGAGGUUCUUCGGUGCACUACCAUGUGCUGUCUCCUAGGUCGAAGGGCCUAUUUCAUAGGGCGAUAUUGCAAAGCGGGACAACUUUCAACGAUUUCGCCGAGGGAAAGCCAGAUAUGGUGGCCCUAGCAAAGGAGUUAGGUCAUGAUGUAAGCAGUGACAAAGAGGCUUUGGAUAUACUGAGGGAAAUGCCUGUAGAAUUAUUGUGCGAGGCUCAAGGAAAGGUUCAGGCGGCAAGGAAACCGGCAAGCAAACUAUGUUUUGCGCCCAUUAUCGAAAAGCCCAGUAACACAGCUUUCAUCACAGAAAACCCCAUCGACAUAAUCAAGUCAGGAAAUUACAAUCAAGUUCCAUUGAUGUUCGGUUACACUACAAGAGAAGGGAUGUUUCUAGCGGCGCUUCCUCUCUUGGCAGCCUCAAAGGGAUUACCAUUCAAAAAGAAUCCCCCAAACUUGGAAGACGCCAUUCCUUGGCGUAUAGGAUUGGAGAGCGGAAGCGAUAUUAGCAAACAAGUGUGUGAAAAGUUAAAGAAAACUUAUUUUCAAGGUCCUGAUCUUGUGGACAAUACGUACGUGAUGACUACCGACUCUAUGUUCGUGGCAGCAAUCAUAGGAUCAGUGAAAAAUCACGUAGAAACAUCGCGGUGUCCAGUUUAUGUAUAUAGGAUGUCUUUAGAUGCUGGACUAAAUAUAAUGAAGAUUUACACAAAAUUAACUAAUCCAGGUGCGAGUCACGUUGACGACUUAGGAUACCUCUUCAAAAAUGAUAUUAUUCCUCCAUUUCAACCAGGCAGUAUCGAGGAUAUAUCAGUAAGAAGGUUUGUGAAGCUGUGGACGAACUUUGCCAAGUACGGAAAUCCUACGCCUGACGAAAAGGAACUUGGAAUAACAUGGAAGCUAGCCGAAAAAGGACAACUUAAUUUUAUCGACAUUGGAAAUGAACUGACCAAUCAAGUUAAUCCUGAACCAGAGAGGAUGCAGUUGUGGAAGGAAAUCUACCAGCUUGGUCCAAAUACUGUCAAUUAUUUAUAGAACAGCACAAUGUUUAUAUUUGGUGAUAUUUUAUAAAACUUUUU